AAAUAUUUCAAUUCUCCAUCCACUUCCAUUCUCCUAAUCUUACACUUCAUCAAAGAUCAUGAAUUUCUCAGUCUUAACCAACUCAACCGCAACCUUCAAAGGCAAAUCUCAUGAUUUACUUCAAUCUUAUAUAAAAUCUGAAGAAUCUAACCAAAAAAGCUUUCGUAUUUGGUCUGAAUCAUUUCAAGAUUCAAAUCAACUCUUAUCAAAAUGGUCAUUAGCCGAUCAACAAAAUGAACCUAAACUGAUGGCCAUCUCGCAACAGGUUUCUAAUUUAUUAUCAAAUUCGAAUUUCUCAUUAACAAAUCAUUUAAAUUCACUAUCAUCGUAUUUAAAUUCAUUACACCAACUCCAAACAAACUCAAAUCAAAUCAAAACAAUCACUCGUGAUAAACUAAUCCUAACGAACAAAAUAUCAAAACUAAAGAAAUCAAAAUAUGUAAAUCAAGUUCAAUUUAACGAAGCUCAAGAAGAAUUAAUGGGUUGUGAAAACUAUUUAAGAUCUCAACUUGAUUCUUUAAGUCAUUUAAAACAUCAGAUCUUCAAAGAUGGCCUUUUGAUUAAAUUGAGUACUAUCAAUCAAUUAGGUGAAUCUAUCCAAAGAAAUUCUAAUCAAGCUAUUCAAUUAAUUGAACAACUUUCGGAAGAGUCGAAUCCUAGUCCUAAUCCUCAUCCUUCUACAACUGACAUCAUCUUGCGUAACCCGCCUACAACUGCUUCGAGACCCAACUCAAUCCAUAGUCCCAAGAUCAAUAUUCCUGAAGCUCGUCAUGUCUCAAGAUCUAUGUCCAUCCAUAAUCAUGACAUCACUAUCCCUGAGGCUGAAGCUCGCCAUCUUUCAAUAUCUAAAUCCAUUCGUAAUCCUAAGAUCACCAUCCCUGAGGCUGAAGCUCGACAUCUCUUUCCCACACCAUCAAUCUCAUCUCAAGUCAGUAUCAAUCAUGAAGCCCCAAUUCGAGCCUCUAGGUCUGAAUUACAAAAACGUCGCACAAGUUUGAUCUUACCUUCUCAUUCCAAAACAACACCCAAUACUUCAAUAAACUUGCACCACCGUUCUAGUUUCAUUUCUGAUCAAAUGAUUUGUUCUAAUCCUAUCAAUCAACGUGAUCCAUCACCUAUCAAUAUUGAAUUACCAAAAGCUAACCAAUUUAGGCUGCCUUCUACACGUUUUAAUGAUCCAUUACAUCGUUCUUUGAAUCAUCGAAAUUUGAUUCAAGAAGUUGAAGAAGACAGUGAUGAAGAAAGUGAACUUGGACAUGGAGACUCUAGAAGUUUAAAAUCUUUUAAAAUCAAAAACAUAUCUAAGAAUUUCAUCUCUUCUAAUUUCUUUUCACAUUUUCCAAUUAAAUUAAAUUUAAACAGUUUCACAGAUUCAAAAAGUUCAAAUGAGGAAAAAAGGUUUAACAAUCAAUCCAUUAAAAUUAAAAAUCAUCAUCAUCAACCAGAUCAUCAAAACCAGAUUGUUAAAUAUGAAAAUCAAAGAAACAAUGGACCCCCAAGAUUUUAUUCAAUUAGUAAUCAUCAACUUCAUCAAAGAAACAUGUAUGGAAUCAAUCAACAAAGAAGUCAAAAGAUUAAAAGGAAAGAUGUUUUUCAAAUUAUCAGUAAAACUAAACUUGACUCUAUCCAAGAAGAAAAUUUAAAAGAAAUUGAAAUUUGAAGAGUUUAAAUAUCGAAAGUGAAGGACGGUAAGAAAAGAAAGUGGUUGGAAGUGGGGAUGAGGUUUUGAUUUUUUUUUUCAAAGUUGUCAAAAGUCUGGUCAGUUAAGAAUUUGUACAAUUUUUAUUUCCUCAAGGUUCUUAUGUAAGUAAAGUGUAAAAGAUAACUCAGUUCAAGAUGUAACACCUUGGUUGUAUUUUUGUAAGAUAUUGGAUUUGUAUUAG